AUGGGAGAACGUCAAAAACGAAAUCCUAGCCAACAUCACUACCCGAAAUUGCACCGCGUACAUGUUCCUUCAAGUGAAUGGGACUCGAUGAAGGGUUUGAAUGCAGGACAAAAAGGCUAUUUUUACAGCAUCGUGAGCAUCUACGACAGCCGGGGGCAGCGAGAAACCUUGUGCCACCGAUACAUGUCCAGCCUUCAGCGCCAAAACGUGCUGGGGCUCAUCACAAAGCAGCAAGUGAGAUAUUACGCUUCCUUCGUCAAAGAUUCGCAAUCCAGCCGAAGGUCGAAGCGAGGAAGGACUCCUCCCUCGAAGGCAGAGGGCAGAAGAGCACAGCUGCACUCCCGGAAUCAAAUAUGA